AUAGCUUGUAGACGACACCGUUUUUGUAACUGUGAUACUCGUAUCGCAGACAGAGUUAACCGAUCCAAAUAUUGGUUUUGUAAUUGUAACGUUUUGUGUCCUUCCUGGCCAAAACCACUGGACGGAAACGGAGAAGAAGAAGCCGAAGCGCGCAAAUUGAGAGAAGAUGAGUAGAAACGAUUCCAAGUACUUCUCCACCACCAAGAAGGGUGAAAUCCCUGAGCUCAAAGAAGAGCUCAAUUCGCAGUACAAGGAUAAAAGAAAAGAUGCCGUGAAAAAGGUGAUUGCCGCAAUGACUGUCGGUAAGGAUGUCUCGUCAUUGUUCACAGAUGUGGUGAAUUGCAUGCAAACAGAGAAUUUGGAGCUGAAAAAGUUGGUUUACUUAUAUCUGAUCAAUUAUGCAAAGAGCCAGCCUGAUCUUGCGAUACUUGCAGUGAAUACAUUUGUGAAGGAUUCACAAGAUCCAAAUCCUUUAAUUCGUGCCUUAGCUGUACGGACAAUGGGCUGUAUUCGUGUCGAUAAAAUUACUGAGUAUCUAUGUGAUCCCCUUCAAAGAUGCCUAAAGGACGAUGAUCCAUAUGUUCGUAAGACAGCAGCUAUUUGUGUUGCAAAGCUUUAUGAUAUAAAUGCAGAGUUAGUUGAGGACAGGGGUUUUUUGGAUUCUCUGAAGGAUUUGAUAUCUGAUAACAAUCCAAUGGUUGUAGCUAAUGCGGUGGCAGCGCUUGCUGAAAUUCAGGAAAAUAGUAGUAGACCCAUCUUUGAGCUCACUAGUAGCACACUCUCAAAGCUCCUCACUGCUUUAAAUGAAUGUACAGAAUGGGGUCAAGUUUUUAUACUGGAUGCUCUUUCUAGAUACAAGGCAGCUGAUGCUCGUGAGGCAGAAAACAUAGUAGAAAGAGUUACACCUCGGUUACAGCAUGCCAAUUGUGCAGUUGUACUAUCAGCUGUUAAGAUGAUCCUUCAACAAAUGGAGCUCAUCACCAGUACUGAUGUUGCUCGGAAUCUUUGCAAAAAGAUGGCUCCUCCUCUUGUGACAUUACUCUCGGCAGAACCUGAGAUACAGUAUGUUGCCCUGCGGAAUAUCAAUCUUAUAGUACAAAGAAGACCAACAAUUCUUGCACAUGAAAUUAAGGUGUUCUUCUGCAAGUACAAUGAUCCCAUCUAUGUGAAAAUGGAAAAGUUAGAAAUUAUGAUAAAACUCGCUUCAGACCGAAAUAUAGAUCAGGUUUUAUUGGAAUUUAAGGAGUAUGCUACUGAAGUUGAUGUAGAUUUCGUUAGAAAAGCUGUUCGUGCAAUUGGUCGUUGUGCCAUCAAAUUAGAAAGAGCAGCUGAAAGAUGUAUUAGUGUUUUGCUUGAAUUGAUCAAGAUAAAAGUAAAUUACGUGGUUCAAGAGGCUAUCAUUGUUAUCAAAGAUAUAUUUAGAAGAUACCCCAACACAUAUGAGUCCAUAAUUGCAACACUUUGUGAGAACUUAGAUACCCUGGAUGAGCCUGAAGCCAAGGCAUCGAUGAUCUGGGUUAUUGGUGAAUAUGCGGAGAGAAUUGACAAUGCUGAUGAGCUUCUUGAAAGUUUCUUGGAAAGUUUCCCUGAAGAACCUGCACAAGUCCAACUACAAUUGUUGACAGCUACUGUAAAACUUUUCCUUAAGAAGCCAACUGAAGGCCCACAGCAGAUGAUUCAGGUUGUUUUGAACAAUGCCACUGUGGAAACAGAUAAUCCUGAUUUGCGAGAUCGUGCAUACAUAUAUUGGCGUCUCCUCUCAACUGACCCUGAGGCAGCUAAGGAUGUUGUGUUAGCUGAGAAGCCUGUGAUAACUGAUGACUCAAACCAACUUGAUCCUUCUCUACUUGACGAGCUUCUUGUCAACAUUGCUACAUUAUCUUCUGUCUAUCACAAGCCCCCAGAUGCAUUUGUAACCCGCACACACUCGUCUGCCCAGAAAACCGAAGACGAUGACUAUCCUGAGGGAAGUGAAACAGGGUAUUCUGAGUCACCUGGAAAUCCUGCUAAUGGCCCUGCUUCACCUCCUAGUGCCAGCUAUUCAGCACCUGCGUCUGUUGCACCGGCAUCGCCUCCACCUACUGCGCCUGUGCCUGAUUUACUUGGUGAUUUGAUGGGCACAGAUAAUAGUUCUAUUGUUCCUCUUGAUGAGCCAGCUACUUCUACUGGACCUCCAUUGUCUAUUGUACUUCCCACCUCAGUUGGUCAUGGUUUUCAAAUCAGUGCACAGCUGACCAGGCAAGAUGGUCAAAUAUUUUACAGCAUGUUGUUUGAGAACAAUACUCAUGUUCCACUUGAUGGCUUCAUGAUUCAAUUUAACAAGAACACAUUUGGUCUAGCAGCUGCUGGACCCCUCCAGGUUCCACAAUUGCAACCUGGAACCUCAACUAGGACACUCCUUCCUAUGGUUAUGUUCCAGAACAUGUCCCAAGGUCCUCCUAGCUCACUUUUGCAGGUUGCUGUAAAAAACAACCAACAGCCUGUGUGGUAUUUUAAUGAUAAAUUCUCAUUCCAUGUACUUUUUACUGAGGAUGGUAGAAUGGAACGUUCCGCUUUCUUAGAGACUUGGAGGUCCCUUCCUGAUUCAAACGAGGUUUCCAAGGACUUCCCAGACAUUGUGAUUGGCGGUGUGGAAGCGACACUGGAUCGACUAGCUGCAUCAAACGUGUUCUUUAUUGCAAAGCGCAAGAAUGCAAACCAGGAUGUGUUUUACUUCUCAGCUAAGAUUCCUCGAGGGAUACCAUUAUUAAUUGAACUUACCACAAUGGCCGGAAACCCUGGCGUCAAAUGUGCAAUCAAGACACCAAGCCCUGAAAUGUCAGCAUUUUUCUUCGAAGCCAUCGAGACUCUUCUCAGGAGCUAAUAUUACCGCUAUUAUUAUUUUUUUAUUUAUGUUGUAAUUUUUUCAUUUAAUUUUGUUUAUACAUUGUUUUUAUUAGCAUCUUUGAUAGAUAUUUUGGACAGGGGUUGUGAGUCCGAAUUUUUUUACACUAUAUAUAGCUGUGGUCUUGUGGACAGCGUUGGUUGGAAGGUUGGGUGGUUUGUAAUAUUCUGCUUUAUUUGUAAAAACAAUGAUUACUUAGAUGCUAUUAACAUUUUGUAUCAAAUUACAUGUUAUUUACAUAAAAUUAUAAAAUUGGCUUGCUCC